GUGCUCCUUCUCCACGCUUUAUACUGUCUAGUUGACCUACAACAUUAAAAUAAUUGUUUGAAAUACGUCCAGGAAACACUUCACAACCACAAUUCUAGCAAUGAAUCCACAGAGUAUGCUGAAGCUUUAGAAAAUGGAACUGAUGCCACAGACAAUGAAAAGAUAACAAAAAAGAAUGAAAACCUUUUCCUGAAUUGGCCCUUAAUGUCAUCUGUCAUUGCUUAUUGUGUCUUCUCACUUCAUGAAAUUGCUUAUCAAGAGAUUUUCUCCUUAUGGGCAGUGAGUCCUCCAAAGCUGGGGGGUUUGAACUUUACAACUAAUGAUGUUGGUAACAUUCUUUCAGUAUCAGGUCUUGCACUUAUAAUUUACCAACUUGCCUUAUACCCUUUUGUUCAAAGAGCAAGUGGAGCUAUUGGUAGUGCCCGCAUUUCAGCUCUGUUAACCAUACCUCUUUUGCAAAGCUACCCCUUCAUUGCAUUGUUCUCAGGCUUAGCACUAUUCAUAGGGUUGAGUACUGCUUCAAGUCUGAAGAGCAUUCUGUCUAUCACCAUCGUGACUGGUUUGUUCCUUCAACAAAACCGAGUAGUGGUAAAUUUUUAAGUAGUUUUUGUUGAC